AUGACUAAGCCUCAUAUCGUGCUGGUCCCCGGGGCGGCACACACCCCAGCGUGCAUGGUCCCGUUGAUGGAGAAGCUGCAAGCCCUGGGUUAUACAACGCAUUGCCAGCAAAUGGCAUCGGUUGGCAAUCCCAACCCGCCUAGCGACCUCAGUGAAGACAUUGGGGUUCUGCGGCGCACAGUGGAAGAAGCCAUUGGGAAGGGCAACGAUGUCAUUGUUGCCCCUCAUAGUUGGGGCGGCGUGGUAACGGGCACUGGGCUCAAGGGCCUGAGCAAGGAAGAGCGCGAGGCCCAGGGGCUCAAAGGCGGCGUCGUCAGAAUAGCGUUCAUGGCGAGUUUUGUCCUGCCCGAGGGUAGGACUCUCAUGAGCACGGCGCACAAGUCUCCGUCGCCCACAUUUGUUCCCGAUGGUCCUAAUGCCACCUGCACAACACCCGAGCUUUUUUACAACGAUCUCUCAGACGAGGAGCAAAAGCAUUGGGCUGCGGGUCUGAAGUCCCAGGGUAUCGCGUCAUUCACCACGCCGACGACGUAUGCAGCAUGGAAGCACAUUCCGAGUAGCUAUCUGCUUUGCCAGGACGAUUUGGCGUUGCCCCCAGCUGCACAGGAGGGGAUGGUCAAGGCGGCGGAAGAGGCGGGCGCAAUCAUGCAUGUUACGAGGAUCAAGAGUGGGCAUAGCCCUUUCCUGAGCAAGGUGGUUGAGACGGCUGAGUGGAUUCAGCGGGUUGCGGAAGAGACGCUGGUGUAG